AAAAAACUGAAAUGUUCACUUAUUUUUAACAAUAUUUUAAUUCAAAUAAUGAUGAUUAUAAUAUUGUUUCUUACUUUAUCAAAUAUAUUUGACUUUAACUGUGCACAACAUCAAACGAACUUACUUGCUGAUAUAGUAAAAUCAAGAUGUACUCACUGGAAGAUUGAACAUGGAGCGACUAAUAUAAAUUGUAGUGAGAUCUGGAAUUCGUUUGAGAACAUUUUAAUUUCUCCUGCUGCUAAAUCACAAUGUCCUAUGAAACCAAAAUCAUACGAUGAUUUUGUUUAUCAAUUAUUUGAAUUGGAACAACAACAAUUACGACAACAGCAACGUACAAUUCAAACUGAAUAUUACUUCCAUUCUCAAGUGAUGGAAGUCAUUCGUGGAAUGUGUAAACGUCUUGGAAUGUGUCGUUCUCUAGAAACUACAUUGCCAGGAUAUCUGUUUGAUGAUUUGAAUUGGUGUAAUAAAACAUUAACAGGCAUGACAAACUAUGGGACUUCAUGUGGAUGCGAUCGUAAAAUUGUUGUUCGGGCUUACUGGGAAAGUGCUUCGGCUGAGUUUGCCAGGAGAGCAUCUGGUAACGUCUUUGUGGUACUGAAUGGCUCGGUCAAGGUUCCAUUUGAUGGAAAUAGAACUUUUGGAAAAAUAGAACUACCACUGUUGAGUGGUCCUCGAGUACGACAAAUAACUGUGAAACUAAUUCAUAGUUUGGAAGAUUUCACUUACCGACAAACUUGUGAAUCGUGGAGUCUGCAACAACUUGCAAACAAACUGAACUCUUCGCAUAUUCCUUUUCGCUGCAUCGAUGAUCCUUUGGAGUUCAGACAUUAUCAAUGCAUCAAAACACCUUACAAGCAACGAUGUCAGUUUUCAGCUUCGACGAGGUCAAGCGUCGUAGAGACAUUACUAACACUUUUAUCACUAGUCAUUUGUUUAACUUUAUAUACUUGCAUGAGUUGAAAUAACUUCUCAGGAGUAAACUUUGAACAGCGGAAAAGAAAGUAAAUACAACUCAGGAACAAAAAAUUUUCUUUUCGACUAUGGUGCUGUACUGUCGUAUUUAUUGUUAUCAGGCAAAUGUGGUAUAUUGAAAACUGAAAUGAACAAUCACAAGUUAUUUGGAAAAUUCAAGUAUCACAGACAGGAUGAUUAAUGAUCUGAAGGUUAAAGCAAACAGGUAGGAUCAGAUGUACGAUUGAUAAUUAUACAUCCGAUAGAUGUAGAGAAGUAAUAAAACACUUCGCAUAAUAGUCAUGUGAAGUCGGAAAAGGGGAAUAACAAAGCUAGCUAAAGAUUCUGUCAGCUAGGUCUAACACUAAAAUGAUAACGUUCUGAGUUUCCUCGUGAUGAUAAAGGAAUAAAACACUAACGAGUAACAUCUUUUCAUACAGUGUUAAAUCAAGAGUCCACCAGGAAGAUUUAUUGAUUGUAUGCUUCGAUCAAAUAUGAGAAAUUAACCAGGUCCGAUUAACGGCAUACCAAUCAAAUGAAGCUGAAAGUAUGUAAAGCGUUCUCAACGAAUCAGUGAACAGACAAAAAUGUCCAACGUCUUCGUCUGUCGAAAGCUAAUGGUGUAUACAAAUGUAUUAUCAAUAAAGCUGCUGCACUAGCCUCCCACUAGAACGUAGAUACAACAAAUAAUGUCUCUAUUCGGCAGUAACUAUAAAAAUACAUCAUGUGGAAACAGAAAGUAACGAGGAUCAAAACAUACUCUAGUUUAGGAGAGGCAUAACAACACUAGGUUACUUGUAAAGUCGUGGUGAUAAGUAAUACUACUAAACCUAACAUUUAUGCGAGUAUUCAAAACGAACGUUUGAUGUGCAUGAAGUCAGAAUCAUCCAGAAUAUUGUAAAUGUAAUAGGUAAGGUACUACGAUUCAAUAUAUGACCCGUAACUUUGUAACGGUAAAUAAAUCUCCAAACUAAAUAGCUCUAUGAGUCUUCGACAUUCGAUGCUGGCCACAUUAGUUUUAAUGGACUCACCUAGCUGAAGGCGCUCGGUCAUGCAUCUGCACCAGAUCACGAGUGUGAACACCGCGCUCAAAAUCCCCUGUAAUUGCUAGCCAGCCUAGAUCAGUCGAUCCUCGAUAUAUUGAUAACCUUUCAAAUAUAUAUUCGAACCUCCUCGCUUCUGUCUUUUGAUUUCACUUGGUGGAGACGAUUCAUAGUAGAUGUUACUGGUUAAGGCGUUGUCAAACCACUUGAUUCCUAAACUCUCUUCAUUGAAAUUUUCUAAAAUUUGGUGUACUAUUGAGCUCGCUCGCUUUAUUGUGUAGGUGAUUUGAAAGGUGGUUCUGGUGAAACAGUGGCUGUUCUAGAAUUGAACUAUUUAUUGAAUAACACCCUAUAUUUCAAACGCAGUCAAGCUUAGAACCCGAUCUACGCAUGUCAUGUUUUGUGAUUAACUCUGUGUGUACAGAUCAUUGUGACAUGCAAUUUGUUGCAUAAACCCCUUUAUUCCGUCUUUGGCCGUCUAUUCUGGUUUUGGCAAUCAGUGAGAAUUGACUACAUUAUCUCCUAUUCUCAGUUUUCCACGUGAAUUUUUCAACCAUGGUAACAGGAAACUAGAAUCCAAUACAUAAGUGUUCAACAAAGUCCAUAAUGCUUCGUAUCAUAUUGCUCCUCACUUUGCAGCACAGUGAUCUCGAGUGGUAAGGGAAUUAAACUCCGGUUCGGCAGUGUGCUUUUCAUCCAAUCAGAAUGAAGCAGGAAUUGUCAUUUGCGUCAUCGUUGUAAGCAUUGGCGGUUGGAUCACCUUGUUCUCUUUUCUCGCUGCAAUAUUUUAUCUUCCAGCGUGCUGAAAUUCCGUUAUUUAUUUGAUGUCAAUGUUGACGAUAAGGUUUUUGAAUCGGUUCCGUUUCCUCAGUUGCCACUAGUUAAACAGAUUUCGGAUGUUGAUCCGUAGCCAGUUGCAUUUAGUUAAUACUUAGAAUAUUCCUCUUCUAGGGCUAUGUAAUCUCAUACUGAUCGUUUUAUAAUUUCAACGCCUAAGCACAUUAACGUAAAUUAAAAUUUAAGCAACUCUGGUUACUGAACACAUGUGUUUCAUUACUUCCUUAAAGUCUGAUUAUUAUGUUGACUGAAAUGAAUUAUAUGACAACAGGUAUAUCAUCAAAUUAAAGAGGUACCGUAAUUGCUAUUCUUCUUGAGCAGUUAUGUUAUUAAAAUAGAUGACUAUAGACGACUAGGCCUAUAAACACAACAAACAAACUAUAAGCUAAUAAGACUUACCUAGAAGACAAAGUAUAUUAUUUCAAGACUGAAGAUCACAGCUAUUUAUGUAUCAAAACAUGGUUUAUAGCACAGCUACUAGAACCGUUCUCCGUUAUUCACUGACGGUUUGCUACGAAACAACCACGACUAUUAUUAAGCUUUCCAUAGCUUAGGCCAUCAUCUCAUCAUGUAAUGCACGUGUCUGGUGUAAUCCAAUUUGGCGUAAUGAAUAAAAGUUACACUCACAGCUCUUUGCAUGAGGACUAGAGGACUGAGAUAUGGUUCCCCAACUAAGUACUAUGUAUUCGCUUUCAACAACUAAGAAUUUCCGGUUGAUAACGUUCUAAAGAGUAGUCAUAUUAUGACAUGGUCCUCACUAUCUGAUGAACGCCAAUGUAAAGAGAUCUAAGGGCAUCGCAUAACGUAACAGACAAUUUCCUUUUAUGGAAGACGCGUAUCAACAGUCGUCCGGGAAGUAUGUAGCUCAUCUAUGUAACCAAAACUAUAUUGAAAGGCGCAGGACAGUGAACCUUUCUCACGAGUCUAAAACCAAUUGCAAAUAUUAGAGAUCGAUGACAGAGAUCACUCAUUAACUCAUCGAUUACUGGUUCAAAGAUAUAUAGUGAUAGCAAUUUAUUUUCAUAUAACAAUAUUUUGUAGGAUGGAAAUAGAUGGAAAUGUUACAGACGUUAUAUGGUUUACCGUAAUAAGUUAGGUUGAUAUAUAAUAUAACAUAGUAACAGGGGGGAAAUUCACGUACAUAAGAAUAUGAAUAAUGUUAUGGUCGAUCAUAAUAUAUAGCAAGUGCAAGUCAUCCCCACAGGCAUGAUCAAUAGGAAGGGAUAGUGGAAAUGUUUGAUGGAAUAUCCAUGCAGAAUAAUCAGCAAGAUAGUAGGUUUGUGUUCACAGUUGAAAUAAUCUGUUUAAAAGUCGUACAUCGUACGAUCUGUAACCUUGACGAACACACACCUGCUCCAAAUUCUACCUUUGCAUGUUGCAUUCAUGGCGCUGAAAAGAAGGGAGGAAUAUGAGGACUGAUUAAACUCCUAUAGUCAUUUUCAUAUCAUGGAGAAGACCUUUACGUUUUGUAAUCUCUGAAUAAGGUGAUCUUGUAAGUACUUGAACUUUAACCCACUGAUGUCCAAAGACUUUGUUCCAAGUAGAGGUACUUGUGAUUAUCUUUCCUGAAUAUCUAAAUCAGAAACACCCGUAUAGACGAGCCAUUUAUUCAUGACACAGAAUGUUGAACUGUUUUAAGUUAUCACUAGCUCAGUAUCACAUAUAUUCACAGUAAGAAUCACUGUUAAGAAUAGGCAUAACAGUAUUACAUAAUUUGAUCAAUUAGAACCCAACACUGCCCCUUUCCUGGAUUCAUUUAAUAGAAAGUGAUAGACGUUCAUCCUAGGAACACUAUCAGGAUGAUUUGAGAGUCGAAAACCUCAUAGUGUCAUAAUGUCGAGUUACAAUAUUUGUCCGCAGACAAAGACAUUCUUGGCGUUUCCUUAAUUAAUAGCUCACCACGAACUAUGUAAUCAGUUGAUGAUUGACCUAGCGCCUUAAUUUAGGGGUAUGUCUAAUUAGACUAAUGAGGUCAGUAUCAAUAUCGAAGGCUAACAAAACUUAGUCUCGCUUCAUCUCACUCCUCUUCAGAUAGGUAGUGAAACCUCUAAGACAUGACCGGCAAGAAGCUUGAAGUCAACGAGCAUGCUAUUGCUUAACACUUCUGAUGGUUGGCCAGAAGGGCCUAAUCGUCCUCACUUACUUUGAGGAGUGACAGGAGAUGAGCAAAAUACAUUAUUAAAUCGUGUUUAGAACGUUGAAUUGGUUUCACUUCCUACCCAGAUAUCCUAUUACAAGCAACCUGAACAAUUCGCUAAAAAAGAAGCCUACUCAAUACCCCAUAAAGUCUAAAAAAGGCUCUAACAGCUUCGACAAAAAAAGACAGCCAUUUGUGUAUCAUAAUACUGUUAUUGGUACUAUAUUUUACAACUACACAUAAUCCCAUACUCUCAGCUGCUUUCUGAACCACCUCCACUUGUCAGUUGUUUAUCCACUCAUACAUUGUUCAAUUUUCUUUAACUUAUUAGAAGGCUCUAGCAUAGUAAAUACUCUAAUAAAAGAAAAUUAUACUGAGUAGUCAUACCUCGCCCAAGCAACCAAUAAAGGGGAAAUAAAGCGGACGAUAGCGUAAAUAAAGGGGAAAUGUCGUUUUUUCGACUUUACGUCGGUUAUUUAGGGGAAAUGUCGCUUUUUCCUCCUUACGUCGUGUAUUGGGGGGAAAUUUGUCAACAAUUAGACGUUACGUACAGUGUUUGAAUAAACCGCA